GGAGAAGCAGAUUCGCCGCUUCAUUAGUGAUACCAGCAAAAAGAACAAUAUGGUACUUCCUCCGAUGAACAAGGCGUCGAGGAGGAAAGUUCACGAACUUGCUAACUCGUUCAACCUCAAGAGCCAGAGGCAAGGGAAAGGAGAGAUAUACUACUCUCAUCAAGUCCACAAACAUGCGUGCUAUUGAUGAACGCAAAGUCAAGAGUGUCAUGAAGAAACACGGAGGCCGGUUUGACACGGUGCCUCGACACAAAGAUGGAGAUGAAGUUGGCAAGGCUGCUCCAAAGAUCGGAGAAACGAAUGUCGGGUUCAGGAUGCUUGCGUCUAUGGGAUGGGCAGAAGGAGACAGGAUCGGUGGCGAUGCGUCCACUGGGAUUGAUGCGCCUUUGAUGGCUAUCAUCAAGAACACGAAGCUGGGUCUAGGCGCUACUCGAUAGUCACCGUCUUCAGAGCAAAAUGUAAUAUUUUUCCCUGACUACA